UCCAAGUUCUCUCUUCGUCUAAAUUCUCGGAAAAAUCUGAGAUUUUCUCUCCCCGGAAAAAAUCUCUUACCGGGAAACACAUACGAGCUUUUUGUCGGGUUUGGUCUCAAUGGGGACUCCGGAGUUUCCAGAUCUGGGGAAACACUGCUCCGUAGAUGAUUGCAAGCAAAUCGAUUUCUUACCAUUCACAUGCGAUCGCUGCACUCAGGUGUUUUGUUUGGAUCAUCGUAGCUACAUGAAACACAAUUGUCCGAAAGGAAACAGAGGAGAUGUAACGGUCGUUAUCUGUCCGUUAUGUUCCAAAGGAGUUCGGUUAAACCCUGACGAAGAUCCAAACAUCACGUGGGAGAAACAUGUGAAUACAGAUUGUGAUCCGUCGAGCCACGAGCAAACUGUCGAGAAGAAGAAGAAGAGAUGUCCUGUUACGAGAUGCAGAGAGUUGCUAACGUUCUCCAACACGAUAAGAUGCAGAGAUUGCAGUGUUGAGCAUUGCUUGAAACAUCGGUUUGGGCCUGACCAUGGUUGUGCUGGGCCUAAGAAACCUGAAUCGAGAUGGUCUAGUCUUUUGGCUUCUGCGGAGGCAAGUAUAAGCAGACUCGGUACCGAUCUUAGCCAGAAGUUACAGUCUGCUAGUGGUGGUAAUGUUGAGGGGAAUGGGAAACAGAGUUGUGGUAAAGUAACGGUUGAUGUUUGUCCGAAAUGUAGUAGAGGGUUUCGUGAUCCCGUGGAUCUAUUGAAGCAUAUAGAUAAAGAUCAUCAUGGUACUUCUAAAGCUUAGAUAUUUGGUUACACAUUGUUGUAAAUUUGUAAAUAUAUCAUUGUCAUUCAUUGAUUUAAGAAAAAAAAAUUUGUGCAGA